AUGAAAACGAAACGGCUGAAAAAGGUAACCUGUGAGAGGUCGGUGACAUCAUCUUAUCGGUUCACUGUAUCGAUGCCAUAUGAGGAAUGCGGUAUCGAGAAAACGGCAGUGCCAUCUUCAUCGUACAGUGGUCUAGUUCACGUUAAAGAAGGCAGUACCACUUUGGUGACGAUACGUGACAAGCUUCUGCAGAUUCACUGCCGUAUUCAUCCGCAAGUAGAUCUCAGUGAACAUACGAUUUCGGCUCAUAUGGAGGUGCAGGAAUCGAAUCGAACAGAUUUCAUACUGUGA